CUGCAUUUUCAAAAAAGUCUACACUCUUCUCUAUAUAAACCAAAGAAGAAACCAUCACAUGCUUCUUUCUCUUCUCCUUUUCUAGCUUAUCAUAGAAGCCACAUUAUGUCUGGUUUUGAAGAUGAUCGGUUGUCCCAAAUGAUAAGGGAUUACAUAGAAUUCGAUUCAUCUUCAUCCCACUCUUCUUCUCCAAAAUCCCUCUCAUCAGUUGAUGAUCAUCAAUCAUCCUUGACCACUUUACAGGAAAUUCUUGGGAGUGUGACACUUGAUGAGGCUGAAAUUCUGGGGAAAAUAUUUGGGUGUCGUAGAGAUUUGGAGCCCAGCAAACUAAGGAAAUGGAUUGUGAUGAAAUUGGGAAUGGAGGAUCACUAUGAAGCAAGUCUUUGUACCACUUCUUGGGUCACCAAAACACCAUCUAAUAAGCAGUGCCCUUCAGGUUAUGAGUACAUUGAGGUGAUGAUGAAGAAGGGUGUAAGAUUGAUUGUGGACAUUGAUUUUAGGUCUCAAUUUAAGCUUGCGAGGCCAACACCCCAAUAUGAAGAUAUGCUUAAUUCUGUACCGAAAAUUUUUGUUGGGACAGAAAUGAAAUUGGAAAAGGUAAUCACUUUGAUGUGUUCUGCUGGGAAGAAGUCAUUAAGGGAAAGAGAGCUUCACAUUCCUCCAUGGAGAAAAGCCAGUUAUUUGCACUCCAAAUGGCUCUCUAAAGAUUGCAAAAAGAUCUCCUUCUCAGAUCUCAGCGUCAGCGAUGAUUAAUAGUACUACUGUGUGGAUUACUUUGGUGAUCGGCAAAACUAAUUUGCCAAAUUUUGUUACCAAUAGAUGAUGUUGUAUAGUUAACGGGGUUUUGGUUUUAGGCCAUUGAAUGGUUUCCUUUUUGGGUACCUUUUUUUGCUGGAAGUUUUGUAAACUAUAUGGCCAAGUUUCUGGAGAUUAAUUAACGAAUGAAAAUCAGAAGGGAAUUAUCUUUAUGUAUAUAUAGUUAGUGGCCUUUUUUUGAUACAACAGACAUUCAAGCAAAAUAUAGUAUAUGUGUGUCAGAUUGGUAUAAAUUGCGUGUUUCCUGGAUUUUUGCAUCAUUUUCAUCUGAAUGGAGUGAAUUUUUGAUUGAUGUGAUUG